AUGGCAACUGAUUCAAUCCUGAGCUUGAAAGGACCAGAAGAUAGCUUCCACAAAGACAACCCUUCUUCAUAUGAAAUCCUAGCUACUGCUUCGAUCCUGAAUUUGAAAGGACAAGAUGAUAUCCUUUCUGAAGAAAACCCCUGCUCAUCUGAAAUUCUAGCAACCGAUUUGAUCGUGAGCUUGAAAAGUCAAAAAAACAACUUAUCUGAAGAAAACCACUGCUCAUCUGAAACAUUAGCAAGUGAUUCGAUCCUGAGCUUGAAAGAACAAGAAGACAUCCUUCCUGAAGAAAACAACUGCUCGUCUGAAAUUAUAGCAACUGAUUCCGUCCUGAACUUGAGAGGACAAGAAGACAUCGUUGCUGAAGAAAACCACUGCUCAUCUGAAAUUUUAGCAACUGAUUCGAUCCUGAGCUUGAAAGGACAAGAAGACAUCGUCGCUGAAGAAAACCCCUGCUCAUUUGAAAUUCUAGCAACUUAUUCGAUCCUGAGCUUGAAAGGACAAGAAGACAUUGUUGUUGAAGAAAACCUCUGCUCAUCUGAAACAAAAAAUAUAAACUCUCAUACGGACAAAAAACUGCAUUUUUGUGAAAUUUGCUCAAAGAAGUUUGUUAAACAUUCGGACUUGAUGAGACAUUUAAGAAUUCAUACCGGAGAAAAACCGUAUGCUUGUGAAAUAUGUCCCAAGGCAUUUGCUCAACUUUCAUCCUUGAACUCACAUAUGAAAGUCCACCCCGGAGAAAAACCAUAUUCUUGUGGACCGGGCAGCGCAGCUAGUUAA